UACUGAGGUCUUUGGCGGAAUGAGGUGGCGGGAAAAAAUAAAUACAGGAAAGUGUUCCCGGUGGGGAAUGUUCAAAAUAAUGAGUUAUAGUUAUACUUCAUAACUGUUUUGUUGUACAUUAAAACAUUUUACGAUGGCUCCAGUCAGAAUUAAACACAUCGUCUCGUUUACAUCACAGGACAUAAAGAAUGGGGUGGAUAAUCUGUGUGACAGCAGUGAAAACAGCAGACCGUGGUUAUGCAGUGCGCAGGACCGCAGUGGAGUACUUAGGGUUGAAUUACAGAUGGAGCGUGCAUCUGCUAUAGGAUUCCUUGAUGUUGGCAACUGUGGCUCUGCGUUCAUUCAGGUGGAUGUUGGCCGCUCCUCUUGGUCUUUAGACCAUCCCUAUGUCACACUGCUGCCCACUGCAACACUCAUGAAUCCAGCUGACGCAAGGCAGGGCACUGGUCGCCAAACCGUACGCAUGUUUAAAAAAGCUGAUUUUCUCCACCCGGCUGCUGAAGAGAGCUGGGACAGGUUGCGAGUUACCUGCACACAGCCUUUCAACAAACAUUCUCAGUUUGGUCUGUCGUUUCUGCGCGUCCGCACCAAAGAAGACCAGACUGAAGACAUCUCAGGCCAACAGGAAGCACUUGCUCCCCAAAACAUGCACACACCUGACAAGAUGACUUCUGUAAAAGAGUGGCUGUCCAGCCCAGCUGUCCAAAACACAUAUUUCGGACGAAUCGCAGGGGGUGUGAGGAAUAGGGAUGCCUCUCCAGAUGCGAAAAGGAGUCCUGAGAGUUUGAGUUGGGCAGGGCGCAUGGUCAUAGCUGCCCGCUCUAAUAGACGCUCAUUAUCAACGUCCCCCAACAGCUCCACAUCUAGCACAACACCUCAGAGAGACAAUAGCAUAAGUACAGAAUCUAGUCGAGUUAGUUCUUCCACUGAAGAAGUGAGGACACCUGAGGAACACAAGAGGAAGUCAAAGGCACGGCAGUGCCUAGUUAACAAUAGUACGGCAUUGAAGAGGUCCAGAUCUACAGCUUCAACACAUAAAACCAUCUCAUCAAGUUCAGCCAGAGGUGUCAAAACAGAGAAAAGAGCCUGUAAACCCAAUGAGAGACCAGUGGACACACAGGAACCUGCCUCUCCUGCUCCACAGAUCUCUACUGACCUCGUGUCUCCUGAGACCAUGUGUCCUCUUUGUGGAGUAUCCUUCAGUCCUGAUUACCUUCCUCUCCAUGCUUCCACCUGUAUGGAGUCUGAUCCAGCUGAGGUUUUGGAAGUCAUGGAAACAGGGGCCAUGAGCUCACGGCAACUCCCUGUUUUUGGCUCUGGAGCAGAUGAGCUUAUGGUUCCAUGUCCUCUCUGCUCCAUCAGAUUCCCACCAGACCGCAUCCAGCAGCACGCCAGCACCUGUGGCGACACCGUAGAGCCAAGUAUUGUGUGGCUGGACUGAAUGUAAAGGACUUGUCCUUUUAAUACAGCAAUAUGUAAAUAUAAAACAGGUUUCCGCAUAGUUUCCAAAGCCCUGGACAAUAUGGAUUACCUGUCAGUAAAUAUUGUAUAAUGUAAUGACUUGUGUGUAUCUUUAAGAACACAUGUCAAACCUAAACUGUUUUAAUCUGAAUGCAUUUCAAUUGUUUUCAUAAAGACAGUCUUAAAAAUUGGUUAUGUUUGUACUAUGGGUCAUAAUGACAAAAAAGUUUAAUGUAUCUGAAGUUGUAAACAUUUAUGGACUAAACAUCUGUUGUCACAUUAUUCAUGCUCAUUUUUUUGUUAAAAAAAAAAAAACAUUGCUUGUAUAGAACAUGUUCUCAUAACUGAAAUGGAAU